CAUACAUCGUAACAUCUCCUCCCCCGUCCAGGACAGAGUGGUGCAAACACUCCUACAACAGUCGUCAUGGCGGCGGCUGCACCACAAGAGCAGCAGCAGCAGCAGCAGAAGGAGGAGGAUGGAGAACUCCCUCCGCCCAGUGAGGCCAUCACCCAGGCCGGUGGUGGCGUCUCCGGCGCGGGUCCCGCCCGCAGCAUCACCACUGUCUCUGCUGCUGUGCUCCCAUACCUCGAGAAAAUCUUCAACUGUCAUGCCGACACCAGCCAGGCCUGGCACCGUGGCCAGGCAGAGACCUUCAUCCGAUGCACUCAGGCUGGCGACCCGAAUGGCAGCGCCGAGGGCCUCCCUGCCGACCUGGCUACCAAGGACGAGCUGGACUUCAAUGAUUUUCUGCGCUACAUGACCAGUGAUGCUACCAGCGCCGUCACACCCCUGAAUGCACAAACGGGUGGGGACCUGUCCUAUCCGCUGAGCAGCUACUUCAUCUCCAGCAGCCACAACACGUACCUCACGGGAAACCAGCUCAGCAGUGAUGCCAGCACGGACGCGUACAAGAACGUCCUGCUACGCGGGUGUAGAUGCAUCGAGAUUGAUGUCUGGGAUGGGGACGAGUCAGACUCAGAGGCCAGCGGUUACUCGUCGAGUGACCUCGAGGAUCAUGACCCCAAGAAGGCGGCUGCAGCUCGCGCAAAGAGGAAGGCAAAGGUCGACAAGGCCAAGGCCAAGAUUCCCAAGUCCGUGCUGCAGAAGCUUGAGCAGACAUCGCUCGGCAAGAAGCUCGAGAAGUAUGUCGAGAAGAAGACGGAGCCCAAGGCGCCCGCCUCGCCGUCUACCUCGUCAGCAGCAGCAGCAGCAGCAGCGCCAGCGCCAGCACCCGCAGCGAAGGAUGAUUCGAAAGUGAAAGUCGCCAGCCAGGCCUCCUCCUCUCCUGCGCCGCCGUUGGUGGAGAAGCUCCCGGCCCUCGCGGCGGCUGUUAUCGAACCCCGUGUACUACAUGGUUACACGCUAACCAAGGAGGUCUCCUUCCGCGAGGUGUGUUUGGCUAUCAAGGAGUACGCCUUUGCCGUGACGGAUCUGCCGCUCAUCGUGAGUCUCGAGGUGCAUGCAGGGCCUGAACAGCAGGAGAUCAUGGUCAAGAUCAUGAACGAGACCUGGGCCGGCCUCCUACUCGAUCCGCCUGAGAAGGAGGCCGACGUACUCCCGUCGCCUAGCGACCUGCGUCGCAAAAUUCUCGUCAAGGUCAAGUACGCGCCCCCUGGCCAGGAGGUCUCUGCGGCCGCCGCAUCCGACGAGGAUGUCUCUACGCCGGGCCAAGUCGCUGCCCCUGGGUCUCCAGAGGCCAAGAAGAAGAAGAAGCCCUCCAAGAUCAUUCAUGCUCUGAGUGCCCUGGGCAUCUACACCAAGGCCGUUUCGUUCAAGUCGCUUCACCAACCGGAAGCCACUAUGCCGUCACACGUCUUUUCCCUGGGCGAGAAGAGCGUCAGAGAGGUGCACGAGAAGCAGGGUCAGGACCUGUUUGAGCACAACCGAAAAUAUCUCAUGCGGGCGUACCCAUCUGGCUUCAGAGUUGGCUCGUCCAAUCUGGACCCUACGCCGUUCUGGAGGAAGGGGAUCCAGAUUGCCGCGUUGAACUGGCAGCACUGGGAUGAGGGCAUGAUGCUCAACGAGGGCAUGUUUGCCGGCUCAGGCGGUUACGUUCUCAAGCCUCCAGGCUACCGACACGACAAGCCUAACGCGCCCGCCGAGACCGCCCACGUGCAGCACCGCACGCUGGACCUCGAGAUCAAGGUUCUCGCCGCUCAGAACCUGCCGCUCCCGCCCGAGACCUCGGUCAAGUCGUUUAACCCUUACGUCAAGGUCGAGCUUCACGUCGAAGCCGGUGGGGAGCGCCACGGCCACUUCCCCGCCGACGGUCACGAGUGUGACCUGGCCACCGCGGCCGCUGCCAAGGCCGCAGCCGCCAGGCGCAGCGAGGACGAUGAGGAGGUCGAGGGCGAGUACAAGGCGCGCACCAAGACCGCCAAGGCCACGUGCGAUCCGGACUAUAAGGGCGAAAUACUCGAGUUCAAGGCCAUCCCAGGCGUCGUCGAGGAACUGAGCUUCGUGCGCUUCAUCGUGCGCGACGACGUCAAGUUUAGGCGGGAUGAUCUCGCUGCAUGGGCGUGUGUACGCCUGGACCGGCUGCGGAUGGGGUACCGCUUUGUGAGACUUAUGGAUGCCAAGGGGAAGGAGAGUGAGGGGGCUAUUCUUGUCAAGGUCAUGAAGAAGGUCUAUUAG